AUGAGCGUAUCCCUGGCCCAGGCCAUCUACUCGGCAGUCAAGCCGAUCAUACGGAUGUACCUGAUCAUACUGACCGGGCUGUUCAUGACGAAAAUGGGCUUUGUCAGCGUUGCUACCACAAGAGCACUGAGUGAUCUGGUGCUGCUGCUAUUUAUGCCUGCGCUGGUGUUUGAUAAGAUCGUUUCUUACAUCUCGAUCGACGACAUCAAGACAAUUGCCGUCACGUGUCUGUCUGCGUUCAUGAUGUACUGCUGCAACGCCGGGGUGACCGCCGUGAUUGUGAGUUUGACCCCGGUGCCCAAAAAGAAAAACGACUCCUGGAUAGGUGGGGCCAUGCUGGCUGGUAUCAUGCAGAACGUCUCGGACAUCCCCAUCUCGUAUUUACAGGCGUUGACGGUGUUCUCGGAGGACGAGACGAACAAGGGCACGGCCUAUGUGAUUAUCUGGCUCACAAUGUAUCUGCUGGUGCAAUUCAACUGCGGGAUGUUCCAGCUGGUGGAAUACGAUUUCCGACGCAGUCACGACGUGGAAGAAGAACCCAAACCGCCAGCGCUCGAGCCGAUCGCCGAGGAGCCGGGCGCCGUGGAGGACGGCGACCCAGAAACCGCCAGCAAGCAGUCGUUGUCGAACACAAGCUUGUCGAGCUCCAACAGCUACGAGUCCGCCCGUCUCGAGGACCUGGAACCGCACGCACUGGUCAACGACCACGAGGUGCACACGCUGAGGGCCGCGGUGGCUCGCAUCCCGUCUGCACGCAGCCACAUCGACUACGGCCUGUCGCGCACCACGUCGAACGCUUCGUCGAUCCCGUCGGUUGUGCUGUCCCGCCAGUCGAGUGUCCAGAGCGGCGCGCAAUCGCACGUCCAGGAACUGAUCCGCGAGUACUCGCAUAACGAACCGUACAACCGGAACGUGCCCACCAACAUGAAAAUCAUCACAGAGACCAACCUGAGCUCCAAAGACAUCCAGAACGCAGGAAAGUCGCCGUUUGUUCGCCGCUACAAGUUGCAUUACCUCAUUUUCUUCUUGGAGAACUUCAAGAAGCCCAGCUCCACCAUGCUGGUGGUUUCGCUGAUCAUUGCGCUGAUCCCGUGGCUCAAGGCCCUGUUUGUGCAGACCGACGUGUACAUGCCCACGCCGCCCGACAAGGAGCCGCCGCUAUCCUUUUUGUUGCAGUACGCCGACUACUGCGCGGCUCCGUGCGUGCCCCUGGGACUGUUCAUGAUCGGAUGCCUGCUCGGUCGCCUGGAAAUCACAGCCAUUCCGCCCGGGUUCUGGAAAUCGAUCCUGUGCCACACAGCUUAUCGCCUCUGCAUCCUGCCCAUCAUCGGCAUCCUGUGGGUGUACAGACUGAAGUCUGCCAACUGGAUGACCGACUCGAUGGCCCAAUUCGUCACCUGCCUGGAGUUCUCGCUCCCUUCUGCUACCGUGCAGGUGUACCUGACUGCCAGCCACAUGGACCCGGAAAAGGGCACCGACACCCAGAUCAACUGCCUGUCGUUGUACAUCAUUGCCCAGUACAUCUCGCUGGUGGUCACGCUGCCUAUAGUCGUGUGCUACACGCUGAAAAACGUGAUAGACAUAUAG